AUGCCUCGCCCACACAUCCCUCACCACUUGUCAUUGCACCGCGUGAAGAGUGAUAGUUACCAUUCCAAUGUGCAGCCCAGCUCGGCUCCAUCGACGCCACCCACACGCAGCAGGAAUGUCAGUCCGACACGAAGUCUCACCGGCGUAGAGAAGGACAACAUGGCCAGGCGAAAAGAUGCGCCGGCUCCGGUAAGUAGUAAUGAGCGAGGUGACCAUAAAGGUAUGGGUUUGAGCUGCAGAGUCCAUGUCAUGCGAGCCCGCAAUCUGGCGCCCAAGGACAAGAGUGGUACCUCGGACCCUUUCCUUGUCCUCACCCUAGGGGAGGCGAAGGAGGCAACGAGUGUGAUCAGCAAGACAUUGAACCCCGAGUGGAACCAGACGUUCGAGUUUCCAGUGACUGAGGCGGAUAGUGCGUUGCUUGAAGCGGUGUGCUGGGACAAGGAUCGCUUCAAGAAGGACUACAUGGGCGAGUUCGAUGUCAUGUUGGACGACAUCUUCAGUUCUGGCAAUACUACGCCUGAUGCGAGAUGGUUCAAGCUCGAAAGCCGAAGAAGUGGACGCCGCAAAAAGAAGGAUGACAAUGUCACCGGCGAGGUUCAACUCAAGUUCACGCUCUUCGAUCCUCUCAACACCGCAGCAACUCCGCAGCACGUGCUACAAAAGUUCCACGGCGUCAUAGCAGACACUGGCAUUGAUGGCGAGGAUGAAGAUGAUGACAACGACGACGAGCUUCUCAACAAGCUCAACAGCCGAGAUCUCGACGACGUGUACGAGGAGGAAGCAAAUGCUGACGACCAGGAUGCGCUGGAUGAGACGGCUGACGAUGGCGUACGAACACCGGGCGAUCGCCAGACCAUUGAAUCGGCUGAGAAGCAGAAGCGGCGGCGGAUGGAGAAAAUCAAGCUCAAGCGGAAGAGCAAGCUCAAAACGUAUGAGUUCACAGGAGGCUCUGAUGUCGCUGGCGUUCUGUUCCUCGAGAUCAAUCGUAUCACGGACUUGCCACCUGAGCGCAACAUGACCCGUACAGGCUUCGAUAUGGACCCAUUCGUGGUAACCUCGCUCGGUAAGAAGACCUACCGCACGCGAGUUGUCAACCAUAAUCUUAACCCGGUAUACGACGAGAAGCUGGUGUUCCAGGUCUCGAAGCACGAGCUGAAUUACAGUCUCUCAUUUGCUGUUGUAGAUCGUGACAAGUUCACUGGCAACGACUUUGUCGGCACAGCCAUGUUCCCGGUAGAGAAGGUGCGCUCGCUUGCGCCUGUAGCGGACGAGCAGACCGGGCUAUACAAGCUGCCAGAUCCGGACGCAGUAACGGAUGCGGAGACCAGGCGUCGCAAAUGGCGUGUGUCAAUGUCAAGGAGCACGUCGCAGACCAACAUUGGUCGGCUUAGUCGAAAUAACUCUGGGACGAACCUAAACAAGCUUACGAGGACAACGUCCAACACGAGCCUCAGCAACAUGGCCGUCGCCGCCGGUGUCUCCCCGAACAAGCCGAGUCUGCGUAGGCAGGGCAGCAGCGACGGCGAUACCAUAGAGAGACAGCAGCGUCCAGCACCGACAAGCUACCCCUCCCAGGCACCGAGUGUAAAAGCGAACGGGACGGGCUCCGCUCACGACAACGCCGAUAGCGGGACUGGUGAUGAGACCGGCCUUUACACCUAUGACUUACCACUAGAGCUGAAGAACAAGUCACGGUGGGAGGAUAAGCACAACCCUGUCUUGCAGAUUCGCGCCAAGUACCUACCAUACAACGCGCUUCGGCAGCAGUUCUGGCGUGUGAUGCUGCGACAGUACGAUGCAGAUGAAAGUGGCAAGAUUGACAGAGUCGAACUCGUGACAAUGCUAGACACUCUCGGUAGCACUCUACACAACAGUACGAUCGACGGCUUCUUCAAGCGCUUCAGGAGUGAGAACGGCGGCGAGGAGAUUCUAACAAUGGAUCAAGCCGUGCUAUGCUUAGAGGAGCAGCUGAGGAAGACAUCGCAUCAUCACAGCUACAUGAGUUCACCACAGUGGAGGAAGCAUUCUGGAAGCGACCCGCGCACUUCGUCUGCACGCUUCGGAAUGCUUGACGGCAGCUCGCCGGAGACAUCGCCUCCGGGUGGUACACCAUACUUGGCCGGUCUCGACAGGACACCGAGCAACUUCUCCACCAGCACCAGCCAGAUACCUACGUUGGAAGUCUCUGACCUUAGUGAAGCCGGUGAAAGAGGUGACAGAUUACCGGGCAAUGACUUAGCUGAUGCCAAUGCUACACAAGGCUCGUCACCGGACUUGAAUCCCAUGGCGUCGCCGGAUCUCAUGGCACAGGAUGCGGAUGAAUUCGACGCCACUUCCAACGAGGAGCAUGUCGUUGAGAUCCACGAGUGUCCUAUUUGCCACCUUCCACGGUUAUCAAGAGGCAGAAGGACAACCGAUGCAGAUAUCAUCACACAUAUAGCGACUUGUGCGAGCAGUGACUGGCGAGCGGUCAACAAUUUGGUGAUGGCGGGCUUCGUCUCGAGCAGUCAGGCGCAGCGGAAGUGGUACACGAAGGUGCUUACCAAGGUCGGCUAUGGUGGGUACCGUCUCGGCGCAAACUCCGCAAACAUUCUCGUUCAAGAUCGCUUGACCGGCUUGAUCAAUGAGGAGCGUAUGAGUGUCUAUGUCAGGCUUGGCAUACGACUGUUGUACAAGGGUCUCAAAAGCAAAGAGAUGGAGAAGAAGAGGAUCCGCAAGCUUCUUCGAUCCCUUUCCUUCAAGCAGGGCCGCAAAUACGACGAUCCGGCCUCCGCGGCGCAGAUUCCGGGCUUCGUCAACUUCCAUCAACUCAACCUUACCGAAGUACUUCGGCCACUAGAAGAAUUCAAGACUUUCAACGAGUUCUUCUACCGCGAGCUCAAGCCAGAUGCAAGGCCUUGCUGCGCCCCGGACAACCCGCAUAUCAUUGUCUCCCCAUCCGACUGUAGGAGCGUGGUGUUCAACCGCAUGGAAGAAGCGCAGAAGAUCUGGGUGAAGGGACGAGACUUCAGCAUUGAGAAGCUGCUCGGUCAAGCGUACCCUGACGACGCCAAGCGGUAUAGGAACGGCGCGCUGGGUAUCAUGCGACUCGCGCCGCAGGACUACCACCGUUUCCAUAUACCCGUGGAUGGCACCAUGGGCGAGCCUAAACUAAUCGAAGGUGAAUACUACACGGUCAACCCCAUGGCUAUCCGAUCAGCAUUGGAUGUGUAUGGCGAGAAUGUUCGGGUCUGCGUGCCCAUCGACUCCGAGUGCCAUGGACGGGUGAUGGUGGUCUGCGUUGGCGCGAUGAUGGUUGGCUCUACAGUCAUCACGCGGCAGACGGGCGAUAAGGUUAAACGUGCGGAAGAGCUUGGAUACUUCAAGUUCGGUGGGUCGACGCUACUACUGCUAUUCGAGCCCGGGGUCAUGCGUUUCGACGAUGACUUGGUUGGCAACAGCAAUGGCGCUUUGGAGACGCUGGUACAAGUCGGCAUGUCGAUUGGCCAUUCUCCGCAUGUCGAGCAGCAUAGACCGUAUCCGAAGAAAGACCACCUCACGCUUGAAGAGAAACAGGAGGCCAAGCGUAGAAUAGAGGGUAGCCUGGCCCCUAGCACGGGAGCAGUUCUUGCAUGCUUUGGUAUCGAUAUUCAAGCAAUGCAGACAAGUGAAGACUUUCGGCUAUGCGCCGGCCCCGUGAUGCAUUGUGUAAUUGCCAACUUCCCACUCAUUCCCGAUCCGGCAGGCACGGGCCGCCAUAGCGACGCUGGAGUACCGCUGCACCUCUACUCUGUGGAUAUAACGGCGUAUAAAUUAAGAAGAUGGAUGGCAAUGCCAGCCGAUGAUACUUCGAAUGCCGUCGCUACCGAUGGCGUGAAGGGGGAUGCCACACCUCAAGCAUCCGAAAGCGUGCAGGCGCGCGCAAAGACAAGCAUCAACCGUCUCUUCUCCGUUCCGCCACCGGUGAAGCGCAUCUUCGACAAGUUCCCACUCAUCACAUACGAAACGAAUGCGCUCCCACUGCGAGCGCCGAGGGGAAGAGAAGAGCAUGUGUUGCACGUCUUCACAAGCGAGGAGGGUUCGCAGCAUGGCCGUCCAAGCUACAAUCCCGCAUGCUUAAAAUGGCAGGCAUACCUGAAGUUCACCUCCAUAUCAUUCCGCACAGUGCCCUCCAGCAACCAUGCUUCGCCGUCAGGAGCGCUUCCCUUCCUCAUCCCCAGCAGCUUUACAGACGAAGCAGCGAAAACGCAGAGCACCAUCCCGAGUAACAGACUGAAACGAUGGGUUGCGAACCAGCAACAAGCAGAAAAGCCGGAGGAACCUGCAGAUGUGCGCUACGAAGCAUACGCCUCCCUACUCGAGAUCCGGAUACGGAACGCUUGGCUAUACCAGCUAUACCUAGAGCCCGCGAACACUGGCCUAGUGCAUCGUCUUUACAUCGCGCCAUGCUCAUCCAACCCUCUGGUCCAAAUGACCAUCGCGUACCAACUCCGCCAAGCAGCUGAGGCAGAGAUCCUAAAAGCACGGCCCGCGUCAGCGCCUGCCAAUAUCAUCUUAGAAGACGACGUCUAUCGCGAUGCCGGCGAAGCCUUUGAGGCGCUGUCUUCAUUACUAGCAAACGAUCAAUGCUUCUUCUCGCAAGCCAAGCCCGGCUUAUUCGACGCCAGCGUCUUCGCUUACACGCAAUUACUUCUGGACGACACCCUCAACUGGUCCGAGAACAGACUAGGUCAGAAACUGAAAGCGCUCGAUAACUUGGUCCGACAUCGCAAUCGGGUGUUAGACACAUACUUCUAG